AUGAAUAGCGUGAAGGCAAAUACACUGGUGCAUUUAUACAAGCAGCUGAAAACUCUCUGGAGUCCACCAGCAGUGCCAGCACGACUCUGCAGUCUGGCUGCCUGCACUCGUAAAACCAGGAAUGAUGCAUUGCAUCCACUUUGGCAAAGUCCGCUUACAAUUCCGGGGGGCAGCCGACAGUCUCCUAUCAAUAUCCAGUGGAGAGACAGUAUUUAUGACCCCUUUCUGAAGCCUCUGAAGAUCAGCUACGACCCAACAACGUGUCUUCACAUCUGGAAUAACGGAUAUUCUUUCCUGGUUGAAUUUGAUGAUUCUACUGAUAGAUCAAUAAUCGUUGGAGGUCCCUUGGAAAACCAAUACAGGCUAAAGCAGUUCCACUUCCAUUGGGGAGCUAUAAAUGAGUGGGGUUCAGAGCACACGGUUGACAGUAAAUUUUACCCGGCAGAGUUGCAUUUAGUACACUGGAAUGCCGUUGUGUACCCAACUUUUGAAGAAGCUGUAAUGGAAGGUAACGGUUUGGCUGUUAUUGGAGUCUUUUUGAAGCUAGGAGCACAUCAUGAAGGGCUGCAGACACUGGUUGAUGCCUUGCCAGCAGUUAAACAUAAGGACACUGUUAUUGAGUUUGAUGUCUUUGAUCCCUCCUGUUUGAUACCUUCAUGCCCCGAUUAUUGGACCUACGCAGGCUCUUUGACUACUCCCCCACUUACCGAAUCAGUCACAUGGAUUAUUAAGAAGAAGCCAAUAGAGGUUGAUGAGAAUCAGCUGGAGUCAUUUCGGAUGCUGCUCUUUACUUCAGAUGGUGAAGAAGAAAGGAGAAUGGUAGACAACUUUCGCCCUCUUCAGCCGUUAAUGGAUCGAACCGUCCGUUCGUCCUUCCAAAGCAGGCAUGUCUUGAAUGCAGAACUACAGCCCGAGGACCGUGCUGAGCAGAUCAGGCCGUAG